AUGGCUGAAGCAUCUGCUCAUUUUUCCUUCCCAAAGGAAGAAGAGAAUGUUUUGGCAUUAUGGAACGAAAUUGAUGCCUUUCACAGGUCUAUGGAAUUAACUAAGGAUAAACCAGAAUUUUCUUUCUUCGAUGGUCCUCCAUUUGCUACUGGUACCCCUCAUUAUGGUCACAUUUUGGCCUCUACCAUUAAGGAUAUUGUUCCAAGAUAUGCCACCAUGACUGGCCACCACGUUGAAAGACGUUUUGGUUGGGAUACACACGGUGUUCCAAUUGAACAUAUUAUUGACAAGAAGUUGGGUAUCAAGGGUAAGGAAGAUGUCUUCAAGUAUGGUCUAGAUAACUACAACAACGAAUGUAGAGCGAUUGUUAUGACUUACGCCGACGAAUGGAGAAAGACUAUUGGUCGUCUAGGUCGUUGGAUUGACUUUGACAAUGAUUACAAGACUAUGUAUCCAUCCUUUAUGGAAUCUGUAUGGUGGGCUUUCAAGCAAUUGCAUGAAAAGGGUCAAGUCUACAGAGGUUUCAGAGUCAUGCCAUAUUCCACCGGUUUGACAACCCCAUUGAGUAAUUUCGAAGCUCAACAAAACUAUAAGGAUGUUAACGAUCCAGCCGUUACCAUUGGUUUCAACGUUAUCGGUCAAGAAAAAACUAAACUUGUUGCCUGGACCACCACACCAUGGACUUUACCUUCCAACUUGGCUCUUUGUGUUAACCCUGAAUUUGAAUACGUUAAAAUAUAUGACGAAAACAAGGACUGUUACUUCAUCUUGUUGGAGUCUUUGAUUAAGACCCUGUACAAGAAGCCAGCUGCUGAAAAGUACAAGAUAGUUGAGAAGAUAAAGGGUUCUGAGCUUGUUGGUCUAAAAUAUGAGCCAAUUUUCCCAUACUUUUACGAGCAAAUGAAAGAAACAGCUUUCAGAGUUAUUGCUGGUGAUUAUGUUACUGCUGAUUCUGGUACUGGUAUUGUCCAUAAUGCUCCUUCUUUUGGUGAAGAGGAUUAUGCAGUUUGUUUAGAAAAUGGUGUUAUUAGUGAAGAUACUGUUGCGCCAAACCCAGUUGAUGACAACGGUAAGUUCACUUCCGAUGUCACUGAUUUCGCUGGUAUCUAUGUCAAAGAUGCUGAUAAGUUGAUUAUUAAGCACUUAACUGAAACUGGUAACCUACUACUAGCUUCUCAAAUUCGCCACUCUUACCCAUUCUGUUGGAGAUCAGACACACCUCUUUUGUAUCGUUCAGUUCCAGCUUGGUUUGUUCGUGUCAAGGAAAUUGCUCCAAAAAUGUUGGACUCUGUUAUGAAUUCUCAUUGGGUCCCUAACACCAUUAAAGAAAAGAGAUUUGCUAACUGGAUCGCCAAUGCUCGUGAUUGGAACGUUUCCAGAAACAGAUACUGGGGUACACCUAUCCCAUUGUGGGUCUCUGACGACUUCGAGGAAAUUGUCUGUGUGGGAUCCAUUGAGGAACUAGAGCAACUGAGUGGUGUCAAGAACAUUACGGAUCUACAUCGUGAUAAGAUUGAUCACAUCACUAUUCCAUCAAAAAUGGGUAAGGGUGAUUUGAAGAGAAUUGAGGAAGUUUUUGACUGUUGGUUCGAAUCUGGUUCUAUGCCUUAUGCUUCUCAACAUUAUCCAUUUGAAAAUACCGAGAAAUUUAGUGACAGAGUUCCAGCUAAUUUCAUUUCCGAAGGUCUUGAUCAAACAAGAGGUUGGUUCUACACCUUAAGUGUUUUGGGUACGCAUUUGUUUGGUGAAGUCCCAUAUAAGAAUGUUAUUGUUUCCGGUAUUGUCCUUGCCUCUGACGGUAGAAAGAUGUCCAAGUCUUUGAAGAAUUAUCCUGAUCCAAACAUCGUUCUAGAAAAGUACGGUGCUGAUGCAUUGAGAUUGUAUUUGAUCAACUCCCCAGUUUUGAAGGCAGAAAGUUUGAAGUUUAAGGAAGAAGGUGUCAAGGAAGUUGUUACUAAGGUUUUAUUGCCAUGGUGGAACUCUUAUAAGUUUUUGGAAGGUCAGCUUGCCCUUCUAAAGAAGACUUCUGAUGUUGACUUCAAAUACGAUCCAAAACUAUCUAGUGACAACGUCAUGGACAGAUGGAUUUUAGCUUCUAUGCAAUCUUUAGUUCAAUUUAUCCACCAAGAGAUGGCAGUCUACAAGUUGUACACUGUUGUUCCAAAGCUACUGCAUUUCAUCGAUGAGUUGACAAAUUGGUAUAUUAGAUUUAACCGUCGUCGUUUGAAGGGUGAAAAUGGUGUUGAUGACUGUUUGAAGGCUUUGAACACUUUGUUCGAUGCUCUUUUCACUUUUGCUCGUGCUAUGGCUCCAUUCACUCCAUUUUUAGCUGAUGGUAUCUAUCAAAGACUAAGAGCAUACAUCCCAGAAGAAGUCUUGGCUCAAUUUGGUCAAGACGGUAGGUCAGUACAUUUCUUAAGCUACCCAGAGGUUAGACAAGAACUAUUUGAUGAAGCCAUUGAAACUGCAGUUGGUAGAAUGCAGUCAGUUAUUGACUUGGGUAGAAACAUUCGUGAAAAGAAAACCAUUUCUUUGAAGACUCCAUUAAAAACUUUGGUUAUCCUGCACAGUGAUGAAACAUAUCUAAAGGAUAUUGAAGCCUUGAAAAACUACAUCAUUGAAGAACUAAAUGUCAGAGAUGUUAUUAUUACUACUGAUGAAGAGAAGUAUGGUGUUGAAUACAAGGUUGUUGCUGACUGGCCUGUUCUAGGUAAGAAGUUGAAGAAGGAUGCUAAGAAGGUUAAGGAUGCUUUACCAAAGGUCUCCAGUGAUGAAGUUAAACAAUACAUGGAAACAGGUAAGCUAGUAGUAGAUGGUAUCGAACUUGUCGCUGGUGAUUUGAACGUUAUUAGAGGUUUACCAGAAUCUGCUGCUGCUAACGGCCAAGAAACAAGAACUGAUCAAGAAGUUUUGAUCAUUCUGGACACAAAUGUGUAUGAAGACUUGAAAACGGAAGGUUUGGCCAGAGAGUUGAUUAACAGAAUUCAAAAAUUGAGAAAGAAAUGUGGCCUAGAGGCCACUGAUGAUGUUCUUGUUGAAUACGAAUUGGUAAAGGACACUAUAAAUUUUGAGGAUGUUGUCAAUACCCACAGAGACAUGCUAACGAAGACCUGUAGAUCUAACAUUGCCUUAUGUGAUGGUUCCAAGGAUCACGCUCUUGUUGACGAAGAACAAAGUAUCAAUGACACCAUCUUCAAAUUGAAGAUUUUCAAGUUAUAA